CACAUACCCUCUCCACUUGUAUAAAUACACACUUCCCGCAUCAUCACUUCUCACUUCUCAAACUCAAACUCAAACUCAAACUCAAAAUCCGAUUAAUCAUGAAUAUCUUUAUCUGUUUAAUGUUUAGUCUCUUAAUCUCUUAUUCAACUGCUUGCGAUCGUUGUGUUCAUCAAAGCAAGGCUGCUUAUUUCACUUCCUCUUCUUCACUCUCUUCUGGAGCUUGUGGGUAUGGCUCAUUAGCAGUAGGUUUUAAUGGUGGUCAUCUUGCUGCUGGUGUUCCUUCUUUGUAUAGAGAUGGUGUUGGUUGUGGAGCUUGCUUUCAGAUAAGGUGUAAGAAUCAGAAAAUCUGUAGCAAUGGAGGAACUAAAGUGAUACUAACUGAUCUAAAUCACAAUAAUAAAACUGAUUUUGUUCUAAGUAACAGAGCUUUUAGGGCCAUGGCUAAUGAUGGUAUGUCUCAUGAUCUUCUCAAGCUUGGAAUUGUCGAUGUUGAAUACAAGAGGAUACCAUGUGAAUACAAAUCCAAGAAUUUGUCAGUUAAAAUAGAAGAGAAGAGCCUAAAACCCAACUAUUUGGCUAUUAAGUUUCUCUAUCAAGGUGGUCAAACAGACAUUGUGUCUGUCGAUAUAGCACAGGUUGGAGCUGCAAAUUGGAGAUACAUGACUAGGAAUGCUAAUGGAGUAGUGUGGGAAACAAGUAGAGUACCAGCUGGGGCAUUGCAAAUUAGAAUGCUGGUGACAGGGGGUUUUGAUGGCAAAAUGAUAUGGGCAAACAAUGAAGUGAUUCCUGCUAACUGGAAAGUUGGUGAAAUCUAUGAUUCAGGUGUUCAAAUUACUGAUAUUGCUCAAGAAGGUUGUGCGUCUUCAUCUGCUAGUUGUGAACAUGAACAUUGGAACUGAAGAGGUCGUUUUGAUCUGGGUUUUCUUUUUCUUUUAUCAUGUUACUAGCUACUGGUUUUGUUAAGCUUAAGAGUCUCUUUAUAGUGUAUACUGUUGUGGAUAAACUGUGUACAUUAGAACUGUUAUUUUCAAGGUAGUGAUCCUUAUAAUUACUUUACAUUAAAAAAAAUCGGAUGUCUUUUUUGGCCAA